GGUUGCGCGUAUUUAAUUGUGUGCCAUGACCGCCAAGGACGUCGCUCUUGUCGCCGCGUCCGUCGCGAUCACGCUCCUCGUCACGCGCAUCUGGAGCUCGCGAAGAUGCACACGCAGCCGCAACCGCAAGAAGCUGCCCCACCGCAUCAUCCUCGUGCGCCAUGGCCAGAGCGAAGGCAACGUCAACCCGGUGCUGUACCGCGACGUGCCCGACAACGCGAUGCCAUUGACCGACCUCGGGAAGCGUCAGGCGCGGGCCGCGGGCGAGGCCAUCAAGGCCAUCAUCGGCGACGAGUCCAUGCGCUGCAUCGUGUCGCCAUGUACGCGCACGAUCGAGACCUUUGAAGAGAUCAUGGCGGCGUGGGGCGAAGCCGCGGCGCGCAUUCCGUGGACCGAGGAGCCGCGGAUCCGGGAGCAGGACUUUGGCAACUUCCAGAACCCGGACCAGAUCCGCGAAUGCAAAAUCCAGCGCCGCAAGUUUGGCGGCUUCUUUUAUCGCUUCCCGAGCGGCGAGUCGCCGGCCGAUGUCUACGACCGCAUCUCGUCCUUCCUCGAGUCGCUCCAUCGCAUGUUCAUGCGCAAGGCCGAGCAAAACUACGUGCUCGUCGCGCACGGCGUGACGCUCCGCAUCCUCCUCAUGCGCUACUUUCGGUACACGAUCGCCGAGUACGAAGAGCUCGAGAACUUUCACAACGCCGAGUUUGUGGUUCUCGAACACAACGGCGACGGCGCGUUCCGGGUUGCCAAGGUCGUGCACCCGCAUGUGGACCCGGCGACGCUGGCCGUCACCAUACACGAGGCGCCGCACGUCCGCGUCACAAGCCGCGUGCACCGCGAGUCGUCGUUCUCUCUCUCGUACGACAAGCGGACGCUGUGCUGGGACGACAACCCGAUGUAGUCAAAGGCCACGGCGCCAUAUAAACACAGAGAGGAGUCUCGUACUUGUGCGUGUAUCCUCGAGCCUUUCCAAGCCCAGCAUCCAAUCGAUGCCAUCCUGGUAGCCGC